AAACCGAUAAUUUAAUCAGAAAAAUUGAACAACCCUUUCAUCACACAACCACCACACACACCUCCAUCGAUCUUCCCGCCAUGGUCCAAUUGCUGAGACGAUUAUUGGAUGGUGACGGUUCGGUUGUGAAGGGGAGGACUCGUCACUCGUGGUGGCCAACGGGUGGCGAUUGUGGCCGCUGAUGGCCGUGGUGGGUGAUUUUAUGAAUGUGAGGAGUGUUGGACGACAAUCGGCGGCUGCAGAUGACGGUGGCGACGGCGACAGUCGAGGAAGGCGGUAGGAGCAGCUGACAUCGGAGGAGAAUCAGCCUAUGCCCGGGACUGUGACUCGCCGAUUCCAUGAUUCCGGUGACAUUGAGUUCGGGAACCUAACCUCACCCCUACAUCAAACUCCUCCAGAUACCGAUGAGGCUUCCAAUUUUGAGGGUGACGAUCCAUCAGCAUCACGAUAUUACCCAAGGAUUAUGUACUGGAAGUACUUUGGGAAAAUAUACCCCACAUUGUUACUUCUGUAUCCCCCAAGGAUUAUGUACUUGAAGUCCUUUUUGGAAAGACACCUCUUAAUGGUACUUCUACUACUCUCUACUCUUGCAGCUAAUUUUUUUGCACCACAACUUGCAACAUUUGUAAGUUUCCUACCACUACUUGUAGUUGUACAUACAGGAAUUAGUUCGUUUAAGGACUAUACCCGUAAAAAAAUAAUACGAGUAAUACUUUCUGGUGGAGCGUGUAUUGUUCUGGUACCAGUAGUUCUUUUUCUAGUAAGUCUUUUGGUUUUACCAUGUCUCGUGUUGUCUUUUUUAGUUACUAGAUUACUUCAAUUCAUUUGGCAUGGUGAUGCCUAUGACAAUGUCACUAUGCUGAAAUUUUGUAUUCGCUGUUGGAUAUACUGGUUUUAUCUAUUUUCGUUGUUGCCUAUUUAUUCCGUAUACAACAGCAUAUUUGCUUUGAAUUUUGUGCCGCACUCUAUCAUGUUGGACUCUGACGUAAUAAUAGGUGGUAUCAGUAAUGCGAUUAUUUGCAGCUUUGCUUUUUCAAACAUCGCCUUUUACUUUAUACCACGAGUCCGAUUUGAUUAUUCAGAAAGUGGCCUCAAUGUUUCUGAAGCAGUGGUUGAGAUAGCUGACUGCCUAUUUGUUACCUUCUGGUUCUUCUUGUUGUUCCCAUUACUCGGAUACAAAGAAGACAAAGAUGCAGGGAAAUUGGUGUUUUUUAAGCCUCUCACCUUUACCACCGUCAUCAUCCUCUAUAAUGUCAUUCGAUUGGUAACUUAUAUGAUGGUGUGGUUGCUGCAGAUGGUAGUUAAUAAACUUAAUACUGGGACAGAUAUAGGAUCAUGGUUGUAUUUGAUAGCAGAAAAGUUAUUCCGUAGGAAACAUCUAAUGUAUUGGGCCAAUGGAAUGAAGUACAACAUCAACUUCGUAUUAAACUCAUUGCUCCUCCUACUGUAUUGGGUGUUUGUGGAGCCAAAACUAGAGAAAACACCUCAGCACAAGAAGGUUAUGGUAUUCGGAAUCUGGACUUGCCUCAGUCUUCUAAUUUGUGCCUUCCUUUGGCUGAUCAAAACUUGUGUUAUACUGUCAUGGCAGGCUGGUUCAGUUUAUAAUAGGUUAGAUUCUAAAAUUUUGUCAGAAGGAAGGCAGUUGUACUUCCUUGGUAUCAUAGGUUGCCAGAAGUUUGAUAUUUUCAACCUUCUAUACUACGAUCAUUACGAGUAUGAUACAUCUUGCACAGAAAAUUCAAGACAGGGGGGUAAAUGGACAAAAUGGUUUUCAUUGAAGAGAUUGAACAACUCAUUUAUGUUCAAUCUUAAUUUGAUGCUUUUCCCUACUGAAGCAAGAUUUUUAAAUGUCUCUGGCGACUCAAGAUUUGACCGUGACGAUGAGGGUCAAAAUGGGAAGAAAUUAUCGCAACAAAAGAAGAAAAGAGCCAAGAAAUUUUUGUGGUCUCCAACCAUGAUGUAUGAUAUGCAACAAGCUGCUGAAUAUUUUUUGACAGCCAAAUUUAAAUUGUCAGAGGAGAAAUAUACUUCUGUGAUCCUCGACGAGCUGGAGAGAUACAGUCGAGAUCAUAAUAUGAGUAUGGAAGACAAUUUGACGCAACUAAUUGGAGAGCAUGAAUGGGUCGAUUUUCAAGAUCAACUACCAAAGGAUAAUUUAGCAUUUGAAACAAGACUUAAAACAUGGAUGGAAAUGGCACACAAGCAGUGUUUGUUUCUUGCAAAUACAUUAAGUAGUGCCAAAGAAGUUGUGGAUUGUUUGGACAAAAUUAUCAGCUGGCUUCUUGUCUUUGGAACCUUCAUAAUGUGGCUGCUUCUCACCGGUUUGGCUACCACAAAAGUACUUGUCCUCAUUGCUACACCAUUGCUAAGUGUAACUUUUAUAUUUAAAGAGUCUUGCAAGACACUUUUUGAAGGGAUCAUGUUUGCCUAUGUUGUGCAUCCUUUCAAUGUCGGAGAUUUAUGUGUCAUCGGCGAGAAAAUGAUGGAGGUCAGGACGGUUGGCAUUUGGAAAACAACCUUUUUAAAAGUUGGUACACAGGAGGUAAUGAUAUACCCGAAUUCGGAGUUAUCAAAGCAAAUAAUUAUCAACUAUAACACUGAUUUUGAUUGGAAUGAUUCCGUGGAGCUCGAUCUAGACCCUAUGACCAAGAAGAAAAUCAAGAUCCUGAAACAAGAAAUUGAAAAAUACCUUGAUGGUAACAAAGAGAAAUUCAUACAAGGUUCCAAUUCUACGGAGGUGUUGACAACCCGAGAUAACAUCAAGUUAAUGGUUUAUUUUAGACACAGAGUGAACCUUAAAAACAACACUUACUUUGAAUGUCUCAAAGAAAAGCGUACAUUGCGAUCAGAGUUCGUUCUCCAUGCCGAGAAUCUUGUAGACCAAUAUAAAAAUGGAGGAUAAAAAACUUCAGCUGCAUCUGCAAGCAAUGUUCAAAAGAUUAAAGCUGGAAAUGAAAGGUUAACAAAUCUUUCCGAUGCAAGUGAUGAAGAUACCGAAUGACGAGGGUUAACUGGUUAAGUAUUUCAAUAAGCAACCCUAGAAAGAAAAGAAAAAAAAAACUUUUUGCACUUCUAAUAUUAGUGCAAUUAUGAUGCGUUCUAUUCACCUGAUUUUCACUUAUUUUUCUGAACUUGUCAAAACUUAUUUUAGUUAUAAAUUGUACUAAUCGAGGCAAACUUUUUCUUUCUUCAUGAUUUGCAGAUUGUGGAGUGUGUGACUAAUUAAAGUUUCCAACUUUUAUCAAUUAUGAAAGCAACCCUUAAGAUUUUGCUUACUGGAUUAUAUUUUUGCUAAAUUUGACCAACAAGGUUGUAUACAUUGACUGCAUGGAGACCGGGCUGCAGCCGUAGAAUGUACUUCUCCUUCAAAGAUUGUUACGAUUAUAGUACAUGGUUCCAAAAUUAACAUCGCACACCCUUUGUAAUAAUGUCAUACCUUGUACAUCUAGAUCAACAUUAAAUUUGGAGUUCAAAAUUUGUUCACUGGUUAUGAACUAGUUAUAAGCA